GGCUCCGCCCAUUCCUCUCUGUUUACAUUACGAAAACACACGACACAGACACACGUGAUUCAGUAAACACGGACAACUUCUCUUGAAAAAAAGAAAAUAUCUUCCAGUUUGAUGAAGCCAUACCAUCUUUCCCUGGCAUUAUUUGCCGCGACACUGUGCCUUUGUGAGAGCUACACUCUCAGGAACUCUUGGGCUGUCGCCUCCAACGACGCCGUGUCGGAGGAGGAGGCCGCCCCCGCUGUGAUAGUGGACAACAGCGGCCUUUGGAAACAGGCAUACCCGCCCUUGGUGUUACAAGAUGGUGCGGAGAAGCCCAAAGAAAGCGGCAAAUCGAAAACCGAGGAUGCAGCGCCCGUGUCCUCUGCGUCCAGGGUGUUCUCCUAUCGGAUGGAGGAGAUGAAAGCGCCCGCCAGUGCCCCCUCACCUCCCCCACACCAGGAGACGGCAAGGACCGCCAGAUACAUGGCCCACUACAGCGACUGGGGACAUCUCGCCACCAUCUCCACUCAAGACAAGAUAAAGGGCCUUCCUUUUGGGAAUAUCUUCUCGGUCAGUGAUGGCCCGAAGGACAACAGUACAGGAGUCGUCUAUUUCUACGUCACCCCGAUGGACAACACUGUAGCAGACCUGAGAAGCUUCCCAUUUGCCUCUCUCACUUUCUCAGAGGCAGAGGGAGACUUCUGCAGGCAACAGAUGUAUGAUCCUGAAGACCCACGCUGUGCCAGGCUGACUAUGACAGGCAAGAUGGUGGAGGUGAACCCAGAGGAGGUGGAGUUUGCCAAGGAGGCCAUGUUCUCCAGACACCCUGUGAUGAAGAAAUGGCCAGUGGAACACAACUGGUUCUUUAUGAAGCUGGAGCUCACCCAGGUCUGGCUCCAGGAUUGGUUUGGAGGGGUGUCACUCAUCCCCCUGGAAGACUACUUCAAAGCCACACCCUACUGAGAUAAACUUUAAUCCACAAUGUAUAUUACAUCUACUACACAGUGACAGAUACAACACACGUGUACCAAUACAAGACAGGGUGUUAGCUUCUCUGUAUGGCACAACAGCUGUCAUCACAUUCAUCACCACUAACACAUAACAUAAUGGGAGGCUCUAGAUGCUGUAUUUCUGGAAUAUUUGGAAGUGAGAUGGGAAAGAUGAAUAGGGUUUAGACCUUCUCUAGGCGGAGUGGGGUGUUACCACGGCUCAUGCAGAAGUGACAACAAAUGUAAGAUGUCCCCAGUCCCACUAUAUCUUCGAGUUCAAGGGAAAGCUUCUACAGAAUGUGAAUAUACAGACACGUAGAUAUAGAUGCCUAUAAGCAGACACUGGGGAUUGUUCCUUAUUAACACUAGUGUAAAGAUUCUGUUGAAUGUACAGAAUGAUUUAUUUGCUUUGCAGAUGUUGUUUAUCCAAUGCUGUGUAUCCAAUGCUACCACCAAGCCUUUUCACAUAAUCUUUUGUCCAACAGCUAGACGAUGACAAAUCAAAAACCUACCUAAAACAGUCUCAUGUCUGGUGGACAAUAGAAUGACUCUGAUCUUGAGUUCUGUCAAGUCACAUUUCUAUUUUAUGCUCUGUCAAAUAAUGGUCAUGUUUCCGCAGGCUUUCAAUCGCGGUUAUUGAUGCAUUGUCUGUUUUGCCAGUAGCCUAAAGCUGAUAAAGUAUCCAGAUUUUUCAUUUAUUUUUUAAUAAUUGGACCACUGUCAAUUUAGGAAUGAUCCUAAUUAUGCACCGAUCAAGAUGCCUUUUUUUGUAUUAAAUGCUUUUCAACAAGUA